UCACAUCGCAUCAACCAUCACUGCAUUUUUCUUACACUCGAACCUCCAGUUGAAGAAGAUUCAGUACUCAUUCAUUAAAUAUCGUCUUAACAGCCAUCAAGAAAUUAACCAAACAGCUGAUCGAUUCGUCGUCGUCGUCUUCGGAGAAGCUCAGGUGCAGUAAUGGUGAAGCUGUCGGAAAACAAGUUGGCGGCGACAAAUAACGGUCCAUCCGGCGAUCAAUGUAAGAAGAAGUUUAAAGGUGUUCGUAUGAGGAGCUGGGGCUCAUGGGUGUCUGAAAUUAGGGCACCAAAUCAGAAGACCAGGAUUUGGCUCGGCUCCUACUCCACGCCGGAAGCCGCCGCCAGAGCUUACGACGCCGCGCUGCUGUGCCUCAAGGGCUCAUCGGCAAAUCUCAAUUUUCCGGUCACCAACGCGGCGGCGCUGCAGUGCAAUCCCAACCCCGAUAACCUAAUUAUGUCGCCGAAAUCCAUCCAGCGGGUGGCGGCCGCCGCCGCAGCCAAUGCGUCCUUCAUCGCCGAUACGACGGCGCCGGCGGUCGAUCCGUCUUCUUCUCCUCCCCCUUCUUCGUCGACGAAUUACUACGAUUCGUCGCCGUCGCUCUCGUCGGCCUCUCAGAACUCCAACGGCCACAUCGAGGACGAUCGCAUUUGCCUGGCGGCGACGCCGCCUUCCGGCGACGAUUACAUGGUGCAAUUCGAGGACCUUAAUUUAUCCUCAUGGUACAACUUCGAUUCCCCAAAGUACUACGAGAUGAUGAACGGCGGCGCGGCGUUCUUCGAUCCUAAUCUGACGGCGGAGGAUUGUUACGAAGAUGUUGAUAUCCGCUUAUGGAGCUUCUGCUGAUCGAUACAUACACAAAUAUAUUUAUAUCUAUAAAUAUAUUAUUUAUUUGUUUAUUCAUUGGAUGUUCUUCAGUUUAUUUCUUGAAGACGUUACUGACAUUAUAUCAAACUAUCUUCUACUAUAUUCGAGUGUAAUAAUUUUAUAGGAUUUCCACAGGAGAGGAACAUGUUUUUUGGGCUCUCCCAAGUGAAAGAUUCCUGUGUAAUUAUCAUCAUCAUCAUCAUCAUCCUUAUGUAUUCAAUUAAAUUGUAUUCUUUAUAUAAAGAAAUGUUGCUAUUUCCCAUUCAAUUUCUCCCAA